ACGUGGUGGGUAACAUUGACCCAAAAAUAAAAUAAAACGAUAAGAUUAUCCUGCUUCAAUCACUGUCUCUCAUUUCUUAGUUUCACCCUACUUUAAGCUCCAUUCCUUUUGCUCCAUAAAAUUUUCCUAUACUUUUAAUAACCAAAAUCCCCAUCACGUCAAUUCUACAACAUGAGUGAUGAGAGUCAUACCCAGAUACAGAGGAGACUCUGUGAUUACUGUAACCAAUCCACAGCUCUGUUAUAUUGCAGAGCUGAUUCCGCCAAGCUCUGUUUUUCAUGCGAUAGGGAAGUUCACUCAGCUAACCAACUGUUUACUAAGCACUCUCGGUCACUGUUGUGUGACGCCUGUAACGAAUCACCUGCUUCCCUCUUUUGUGAAACGGAGCAGUCUGUGUUUUGCUCGAAUUGUGAUUGGGAACGCCACAGCUGCUCGUUGCAUCAUAGGAGGCCUGUAGAAGUCUUCACCGGGUGCCCUUCGGUGAGUGAGUUGCUGAGUUUUCUUGGGAUCGAGGAUUUGGGUAACGAUAAAGCUUCCUGUUGGAGUGAAGAAGAUGAUGGGUUUCUGGAUUUUUUGAUUUGGGAAUGUCCUUUGAUUUCUGGGUUUGAUGGAGUGAUUGUUCCGAAUGAUAUGGAUCAUGGGUUUAAGGCUACGGAUGUUCCUCCUCUACCUAAGAAUCGUAAUUCAUCUUGUGGACAACAUAAAGAGGAGAUAUUCCAUCAGCUCCAUGAACUGGCAAAAUCAGAUCCCACCCUCACCUUUCAAAAAACUGAUUUGCAGUCGCUGAUACCUGAGACCGAUCAUUUUCAGGCAGCAAGUAUGCAAACAAGUUGCAAGAAUGAUGCAGUUCCUGUUCCAUGCCCUGCUUUAGAGACAAGUCCGUUACAGUGCUUGAAAUUCAAUGAUAAUGUUGAGAUCACCAAUCAAGCACUCCUAUAUACCGAGGAAAAUGCUAGGGUUGCUAAUACACAUGUAGAUUGUAGCAGGAAUAUAGAUGUGAAUGAUGGCCCUGAAGACCAACAAAUGAAACCUCAAACUGGUGUAGGAACCAUAUCAGCACUUCCAAAGGUUUCUGUCCAUGAGUUAAAUAGCCAGGAGAGAGAGACUGCAAUCUCACGUUACAAGGAGAAAAAGAAAACAAGGAGAUAUGAUAAGCACGUAAGGUAUGAAUCAAGAAAAGCUCGAGCUGAAAGCAGGACAAGAAUUAAAGGCCGUUUCGCAAAGGUAAAGCAUUGAAAACCUUUGUGGUAAACUUGGGUUAGCUUUUUUAUUACUAGAAAAUGUUUUUCCCUUCUGUAGUUGUUCUUCCUUAAGCCAAAGCUUUAGGGUAUAUACCAGGUUGGUUUUUUACUUGUAGAGUUUAGCUUUUGUACAUGUUAUUUUGAUUUGUAGAACUUUAUAUAUAAAUACUUGAAAGCUGAAAAUUCGAAAAAUAUAUCAUUGUAUAUCGCUGUGUGCCCUUGUUUGACUUUGUAAGCUGAUAGAUUGUGCAGGAAAUUAAAAAAAUAAAAAAAAUAAUUGAAAUUACAA